AUGGCUGAUCAAAAUGCAUCCCGCAUCGCCAUCCGCUUCGGUGGAGCAAGUUCGAAGGGCCCAAAAAACCCAUCUCAGAAUACAUCCCGCCCCACAACAUCGACAGCCCUAGGCAAAAGAUCACGAAGUGGUUUCGACCAUGACUCAGACGAUGACGAGUCCGAAGACGACCGACAUGAGGCCAUCACUCACUUUGGCGUAAACGGAGCUGGAAAUGAUGACGAGGUUGACGAUCGACCUCGGGACCAAUCUAGGUCUGGUGACCGACACCGCAGGAGUCAGAGCAAGGACUCAGCAGCGAAUCGAGGACGCGAGGAACCCGCUCAAUCAAAGAAUGAGGACCAAGAUGAAGAGGAGCCACUGAAAUACGGGCUUGUUUUGUCAAAGAAGCCCAAGAAAGAGACUGAGAAGGGAGGCACUGCGAAGGAGGGCGCCGACAAUGACGGAAGUGUAAUGCCCAAAAAUGCCGAUGAGGAAGCGAUUGAGGCGCUCCUAGACUCAGGACGGAAACGCACAUUACAUCGCACAGAGGACGAGGCCUAUCGGGACGCUACAGCCGACGCCCCCGAGGUGGACGACGUGGCCACCUACGAUGCAUUUCCAGUCGAAGGCUUUGGUGAGGCGUUGCUGAAAGGUCAGGGCUGGAAUGGCGAGAUGCGCGGUCCCAAGGCAAAGGAGAUCAAGAAGCGCCCAAAUGGGAUCGGCCUAGGAGCCAAGAAGAUGAAAGUAGAAGAGGACCUCGGCGGAUGGGACAGCAAGGGAAGGACGACCGAGAAACGACCAAGACUCGAUCAGUACCGAAGUGAAAAGGAUAAGGAGCGCAGCAGGAGAGAGGACAGGCAUCGCGACAGUUACAAAAAUGAACGAGAUCGUGAACGAGACCGGGACAGGCACAGGGACAGACAUCGGGACCGGGACCGGGACCGCGACAACUACAGGCACCGCGACAGAGAUCAUCGACGUUAA